UGCGGGAAGCGUUCGCCCUCCGCGGCGCCGGCUCCGCCCCUUCAGGCACCCAGGGCGGGGCUGCGCCUGCUGCAGGACCCUGCCCUUCAGGAGCCGCUUCCCGCCGCCGCCAUGGUCUCCUGGAUCAUCUCCCGCCUCGUGGUGUUGAUCUUCGGCACCCUCUACCCAGCGUACUCCUCCUACAAGGCCGUGAAGACGAAGAACGUGAAGGAAUAUGUGAAGUGGAUGAUGUACUGGAUUGUGUUUGCCUUUUUUACCACUGCAGAAACACUUACAGACAUUGUUCUUUCUUGGGCUGAGAGAUGCCCUGUUUAUGGAGUUUUCAUGGCUAUGGAUGAAAGACUAAGUGAGACUCGGAGCAGGUUUCCCUUUUAUUUCGAGCUGAAAAUCGCAUUUGUCAUUUGGCUGCUCUCCCCUUACACCAAGGGCUCCAGUGUCCUCUACAGGAAGUUUGUGCACCCAACGCUCUCCAAUAAGGAGAAGGAAAUCGAUGAAUACAUUACUCAGGCUCGUGACAAGAGCUAUGAAACCAUGAUGCGAGUUGGCAAGAGAGGGUUAAACCUUGCUGCCAAUGCAGCAGUUACUGCAGCUGCAAAGGGCCAGGGAGUUUUGUCUGAGAAGCUGCGAAGUUUCAGCAUGCAGGAUCUCACUCUUAUCCGGGAUGAAGAUACUGUGCACCUGCGAAGCCGGGAGCCUCAACUGCACCCAUCUGGUGGGAGUCUUCUUGAAACCAUUGAGGAUUCAGCUUCCUGUUACUCCUCAGGAGAGGAGAGCAGUAUGGCACAGAGGUCUAAUGGAACCCCACUGGAGACUAGAACAGACCCAUCAGAUGAAGAUGCAGGAGAUAAACUUCCUAAACGUACCCAGAGUCUCAAAACUCCUAAGAAGAUGAUGAAAGCUGAGCUUCCAGUAAGAAGUGUCAAAGCCCGUCCCAAGAAGAAGGCUGCAGGCUCUCUUGCUUCUGUUGAGUCAUCCUAAGACAGCCUUCCCUUCCCCAGCACCUCUCUCUGUCCUGGGAUUUACCUGUCACUUUUGAGGGGAAAUUUUCCAAAGGAAGGGAGCUGAGAUUCAUGUACAUAACAGAUACUGCUUUGUAGAGCUCAUUCUGAGGCAAGGGGGAGGCUGGGAUUCAGAACAUGCAGUAGAGGAUACACAUCCUCAGGAAUUUUCUCAUUUUCAUCCCGCUGUUGGAGGGAAUGUUGAUAUGUCUGUACAUAGCCUGUUGCUUUGGAAUUCUCACUCUAUAAACCUAGUUGAGGAGAGUCUUUGCUGGGAGAACUGACUAGGGUUAGAGACAUCCUUUGCACAGAAGCUGGAAAAAUAUUAGACACUGGAGUUCCACAGGGGUGAGUGGCUUCCUAAAAUGUCUUGUCUUGCUCUGGGUAUUCUUCUGCAGCUGUGUGUUGUGAAGAAGUGCCCACAAUGAAUCAUCCUCCUUAAGAAUGGACUGAAACCAAUCAUAUCCAUCCCCUUUGAGAAGGUGACUGAAAUGAUGUAUGCUGAGUGCUUUUGAAUCUAACGGACUGGCUCAUGGGAGGAGUAUGCUAGAUACACAUUACUAGUACUGGAAGGUGAAGAGAUUGGUUUUAAUUUUUUUCUGGAAGGUGAAGGGAGAUAAUUGAAAAACUGAGUAAUGAAGAAAAUGUGCUCUUAAAUGCACCUGUGGUGAAGUAGAUACUGUAACUGUAGUUACCGUAAUAACUGUAACAGUUAACUACUGAAAAAGAAAGUUGGGCAUUCGUAAGAUUUCAGCUCUUUUUGAAGCUGCUUGAAUUUUAUUUCAGGUUCUGUUGUUCAUUUUGAUUCCUGUGAUACCAUCAGUGUGAGGCGAGUCUCAUGUGGUGGGAGAAGUUGGCAGGGAGACUGUUGCUUUGCCAUUUAGUGGUUGAACUCCAUGUCAUCCUGAUGCUUGUUCCUUCAGACAGUUUUUUCAUUCUGGCAGAUGACUGGGGAAAAUCUCAGUGUAGUCUGCAGGCAUGUUAAGAAUUUCAGGAGCCCUUAUCCUCUACUGGAUUUAGGAAAUCCAGUCAUCAGGGUAUGAGAACUAAUAAAUAGCUGAUGUAUGAAUGUUGCUAAUUUCAGGAUUCCUUUUAUGGGGGGUAAAAAGCAGGGAGUAAGGAACAUUAGUGAUUAAUGAGUCCUCUUGCUUUAUCCUACUGCAGCCCUUCAACAAGUUUUCUAUGUUUCUUUGAUAAACAUGUGCCAUGUUUAUCAAUGUCCUAAGACUUCAGCAGUAUGUAACACUUGGGACAGAACUACACUGAAUGUAGUGUAUAUAUAUAUUGUGGGAGUUAAAUUGCAGUGUUGCAGAGAAAAUUUGUAUCAUGCCAAGCCAUACUGGAGUCUAAGCUUUUGAACAUUGUUAAGGGGAGAUCCCCUGUACAACUGCCAACAGAGUCAGUGGGCAUUUGAGAUGAGUGGGGUUCCUGUUGAGAUCUGUAAUGGGAGAGCACCAUUAUAGACAUGGUUGUCUAAGAUCGUCAAGUAUUCAUUCAAUCUUUAGUGAAACUAGUUAUCAGAGGAACCUGGCUCCUCCUUCCCUACUGAAGAUCAUUCUUGGCUCUAGACGCAGACAUUUGUGUUUGCCCACAUCUUUUGCUGUCACAUUUCUUAAAUUACAGCAGAUUGUUUACAGAGCCCCGUAAUUUGCUGUUGAUGAUGUAUAGAAGCUCUUCUGCAAGUAAUAGUACACAAGUAUUUCUAUCUUAAAGAAUAGCCCUUCAACAGUUUGUGAAGUUGAAGAUGAGGACUGAAUUUUUUUCUUGUUUCCUAUUGUCCUGGUAGAAAAUUGUUACAAAUUUACUAUUUUAAGAAAACAAUUAAGUUAGUUUUAUUUGUAGCUUUAAAUUUAAGUCUUGACAAAGCAUGUCACAAACUUGCAUCUUCCCAGAAAUACUUGUCCUAAAUUACCCAGAAGGCAGGAGAAAACCCUUGGUGUGGCUUCAAGGUUUGAGUUUCACAAAGAAAAGAAAAAAAGGCAAGUAUUUUGUUUUUUUAGUUUGUUAGCAAACAGUGCAUACAUGUCUCACUAGUACAUGCAAAGCAUGUCCUGAAGCAGGAAUUCUUUCUGUUUCCAGAGGAAAGUUCUUUCUCCAUCUAAGGGAUAAAAAUCUUUACUAAUUAUGGGGAAGGUUCAGUUGCGAGGAAUUGCUGUCCUUGAUUUUACUGUACUGAAUAAAAGAGAACCGUUAUUCUCUAUAUACCAAGUAUCUGUAUGACCACAUUUCUGGAUUACUUUUUUUUCCAACUAAAAAUUUCCAUAGCAAAUCAUUUGUGUAAAUCAUUGUGAGGGAUUUGAUUUGGAAGCCAAGGAUUCAUUAGUCUCCCCUUAUGCUGAUCCUUGUGCACUUUCCUUGUGCGUGUGUUGUGAUAUGUCAGAUGGCUCUGCUUUCAUAGAGUGGCUUUCCAGAAUGUUUUCUGGAAUCUCUUCAUUUGUAGUAACUGUUCCUUCUUUGAAGCACAAAAAGAAUUUCUGAAGACUCAGUUUUGGCAUUUGUGUUUACCUUUGUCUUCUUGAGCUAAGUAUUUUUUACUUAGCAUUGUUGCUUGAUGUUAUUAGCCUGUGGCUAUGCGUCAGUCUUACUUGUGAGUUUUGUUGUACAAGGGAAUUAAAUGACUUCUGGUUGCAAGAGACAGUCUGAAGUAGAGUUAAGGACUGUUAUCUAGUAUGUGAUACAGAGCUGAUGAUGUCAAGCAGCAGAACUUACCCAGAGCAAGCAAAAUAUCUUAGCAUGGACACUAUUUUCUUCUUCCAGUAGAAAUGUGACUGCUGGAUUGUGCUCCACUUGACCAAAACCUCUGCACAUCUGCCACCACCCAUGUGACCUCUUAGUGAGUUGCUAGAUACAGUUCUGCAUUGGAUGGCAUAUUUUUGUGUAGAAAUUCCCUUGUUAAUGAGAACACUGAAUGUGCUGGUUUGAUAAAAUGCUUUUGUCAGCUGAUACUCAUUGUUUUCAGCAGGAAAUGUUGGAAUAGUUCAGCCGGAAAUGUUUCUCUUCAGUAUCAUCUGUGACCUUCAUUGUGCAAUUAAGCAAAUGGUUACAUCUUCACCCAGCAGUAGAACCCACUGUGUUCAGUAAGUCUUCAUACCCCCUUCCUAAUAUGCCUGGGCAGAGAUUGAAAAUAAGAGAGAAAAUAAUACCUAAAGUUGCAAGAGGGGUGGGGGUUGUAUGUGUCAAAUUUUGUGUGCCUAAAAAUUGGCCUGAAAUACCUGUACCAUGAGAUACAAAGUAAAGCCAUGGCCACCUUUUGGAAAGAAAUGUUGUACCUCCACAUUUUAUAAUACUAUGAAUCAGGGUUCUGCUGUUGCAAGAGACAAUAGUGAAAUGUGGUUUCCCAUCUGAGAAACCUAAUGAUUUCUUGCAUAAAAGGAAACAGUGUUUACUUGCUUGGCAGUAUCCUCCACGGUGAGUAAGAAAUAGGAAGAGACUACUGUCAGGUUUUAAACCUUACACUUAAACUCAACAUCUUAAUUUCUUACUGUUCUUUAUUGAGUUUCUGAUUCUCCAGCCUGAUGUUUCUGGGUCCAGGGUUCUGAUUUCUUUUAAGCUAGUUUCCUUGGUAGGUAGAGGAUGUAUUAGAGGGAUGCUAGUGUUCUUAAAAUUGCAAAGCUUGUGCUGGGGAAGCUACACCUUCCCCCAUUUUAGUGAAUUGAGUUCCAAUCAUUGUUCCUUUGCA